GAUCAGUUGGUUCCCUACGAAGGAAUUGAAGGAAACUAUUUCCUAUCGAGUUUUGAAGGAACUCUCUUCCGGAUACCGCUUCGGCAACAGCCGAGUGAAAUAUCUGAUUCCAUAUUUACCACGGCUCAAGUUCUCCAGCUGCUCUCCAGCAUUAAGUUAAAUAUCGCUUCGCAAUUUUUAUUUCUACGAAAUAUUGAAACCAUCGAAGUUUCACAUAUCCCCGCGGCCCCGGUUCAAAUAAUUCCCGUUUGGAAAGCGGUGGCGGGAAUGGAUGAAGUUGCACGAAAUAAAAGAAAAGUCAUCGUCAACGACGCCGUUCAGAUUUUCCAGAUGAGAGUCGAGUUAAUCGACGAUGCGAGUAAACAAAAUGACCAUUGGAUUAUUGCCACCGGUGCUCAACAAGACCCCGAUAAUUCACAGUUAAAGCAAUACGCAAAACGACAUCGAUUACGCAUAUUGGGUGGUGUCGCCGCGCUAUUGAACAGCACAAAGAAGAGAUUGCACGUUGAAGAUCAGGUGAUCAAUUUGAACGCAAGUUUAGAUGGGAAUCAAGAAGAGUUUAAAG